AUGGCUGCUUCCAACAUGUCUGUCUGCUCUAAUGACCUAAGCUAUGACAGCUGUGUCUGCCUGCCCGGGUCCUGUGGGACUUGCACCGACUCCUCCUGGGAGGUGGACAACUGCCCAGAGAGCUGCUGUGAGCCACCCUGCUGUGCCCCCACCUGCUGCCACUGUGCCCCGGCCCCCUGCCAGACCCUCAUCUGCACUCCUGUGAGUUGUGUGUCCAGCUCCUGCUGCCAGGCAACCUGUGGGUCCAGCCCCUGCCAAUCAGUCUGCACCAGCCCCUGUGUACCCUCCUGUUGCCAGCAGUCUAAUUGCCAACUAGUAUGCUGUGUGCCCUCCCCCUGUCAGCAGACCUGCUGCAAGCCUGUGUGCUGUGAGCCCAUCUGCUGUGAGCCGGUUUGCUGCAAGCCCGCCUGUUGUGAGCCCGUCUGCUGCAAGCCCAUCUGCUGUGAGCCCGUCUGCUGCAAGCCUGUCUGUUGUGAGCCUGUCUGCUGCAAGCCCGUCUGCUGCAAGCCUGUCUGCUGUGUGCCUGUCUGCUGUGGGGCCAGCCCCUGCCCUGCCCCCUCAUGCUGCCAGCCCUCUACCUGUACAACCUCCUGCUGUAAACCCUCCUCCUGUGUGUCCCUCAUCUGCCAACCUGCGUGCAAGCCUGCCUGCUGUGUGUCCUCCUCCUCCUGCUGUACCCCUGCCUCCUCCAGCAUGUCCCUGCUCUGCCACCCCUUGUGCAAGCCUGCCUGCUGUGGCUCUUCCUCAGGCCAGAAUCCCUGCUGCUGA